AUGCUGAGAGAAAAGAAAAAAGUAUCGAAUUCAUUUUUAAAGGACAAAAAAAGACUGGCCUGGACACUAUAUGCCAUCCUCAAGAACAAUGUGAUUAGUGGACCGUUCCUAUAUGUGCUUUUGUUUGUUGAAAAUUUUGAGUUAAUUCUCAUGUUUUUGGCCUUUGCCUCACAGUUCAAACAAAAUGAUCUAUAGUCGAUUAGUUCAAAUAUCAGAGAAGUAUUUACUGACAUAAACAAUUUUGUGAAUAUGAUGCUUGAGAAUAUAAGUUUCAACAUAUACUUCUAGACUUUCUUCAUUUGCUUUGUGAUUUGCAAGAACGUAUACAUUUACUCAUCACUGGUAUAUAUUGCAUACCACAAUGAUAGUCCAGAAAAGGCAAAAAAAUCAAAUGCUAUUGCUAAGACAUUAUCUUUUAUGUUUUAGUUUGUAAGCAAGGUGAUGUUCACUCCUAAAAUGAUAUUUCUGUUCUACUUCUUCAGGAAUACUUCCCUUGAUACUGUGAGCCUAAUCUUGCUUUAUAUUGGAAAUUUCCUUGCAAUAUCAGCUUCUGUAUUCUUAGAGAUAGUUCUAACUCCUAUCGUUAACAUUAGAGUAAAUAUGCCGGAUGAAUUGCCUUGGUGCACAUCUAAGUCAUUUAUACCUUAUUUUAAAUCAUUAUUUAAGUUAUCUUAAGCGGUAUGUCUCGUGAUUAAAAUACCUAAUUUAGCUAUUGUUAUUUUGCUUUUGAUCCAAGGAAUUAAUCUUGCUAGUGAAAUACUACUUUUGCCAUAUCAUAAUAAGAUAGUUGGAUCUAUUAAAGUUUAUGGAUCAUCAGUUUUGUUCACAUUAUAUUUAAUCUUAAGUCUUGAGCUAUUGAUUGACUUUAAUUAUGAAAUUACUAUUGUUGGAUUCGUUCUUUCCUUUAUAAUUCCAAUAUUCUUUUUUCAAGUUAAGUAUUAUAGAAUGAAAACUUUGAGACAUAAAUUAUUUGAUUUUUAACUUAAGAAUCCCUCAGAAAUUGAACUUGCUUUUACUUUGUAUGCUAACAUUUUGGUUAAAGCUCACUAAAAUCCAGAAGCAUUAAAAGAACUUAAUGGCAUCUUAUUGAUACACAAGGAUUAAUGUAGUAACAUAAAUACUUGCUAUUGUCAGACAUAUGAUAAAGCUCUUUAAGCAAACAAAGCUUUAAAUAUGUUUCAGCAUAAUAAGUUCACAAAACACAAAAAUAGGACAAGUAACACAGAUAGACAAAAUAUUAUUUAAAAUGAAGAAUAAAAGGAAUAUAGUUAAUAAUAGUCUAAUGUAGAUAGCUAGUUGAGCUUCAAUGAAAAAAAUAAUUUAACAGUAAAAGGAGUUGGCAGUAUAAACACUAAUCAUCUCUUGAAUAGAGAUAUAGAGCUCAUUUAAGAGGAGCUUAGAUUUUACAAAUAGGGCAUUAUAAAUCCUAUCUUCAAUGGAGAAUUCCCAUAUUCACAAAUAAGAAACGAUAGAAUAAAUAACAAAGCAGGAAGAGAGGUUUUUUAAUAAUUACCUGAUGAUAUUUAAUACCUUUUAAAGCCACAAGAUGAAGAUGAGGAAAGCCACUGGGAUUUUUUGAAUUAUUAACAGAUAAAACACCAAACAAUCACUCAUAUUAUAUAUGAGAAAGUGAGGUACUACAGUGAUUAUUACCCAAAUAACAUCAGAAUUUUAAUGUUUAAGGCUUACUUUGAGCUAUUUGCAAUGAGGAAAAAAUAUCUUAGUCAUCAAACACUAACUAAAAUGACAUCACUUAAGCUUGGUUUUAUAAAUAAUACCAUGUUCCUCAUAGACCAAUAAUUCAUGAUUGAAUAUGCAACAAAGUUGUACUAGAAUAAAGAUGACUAGAUGCUUGAUAUUGAAAAGAUAAUUAUGAAUAAUAGCGCAUUUCAAGAUUUUUAUGAUUUUAACAAAGAAACCUCUUUCCUUCUGAAUAGUUUUUGGUCUAUGCUAGCAAACUAAUAAAACACUGAUAUCGAGACAUUGUAUAAAAGUGGGGAAUAAACAUCAGAUAUGAUUAAAAAAACUAAAUAAAAAUUCAAAGAAUUGUUAAAUCUUGGGAUAGACAAAAGAAAUGUAAGCUUGUACUACCUAUAUGCAAACUUUAAUAAGUAUGUACUAAAUAGCGGAGACUUGUACUCUGAAUAUAUUCAUAAGAUGGAGUAGAUAAAGAGUAUGAAUAAAACCAUCAAAGAAAAUUAUAAGGAUAAUAUCAUUUCUGAUGUUGACAAAUCAGGCUUCUUGGUAGUAAAUGGAACUUUUGAGAAUUUUGGUAAGAUAUUAUUCGCCAAUAAGAAACUAUGUAUUAUACUUGAUUACCUACCAGAGCAAUUGAUAGGUAAAGCCAUUAAUAUACUUAUGCCCUAGAUAAUUUCUGAUAAGCAUCAUCUUUUUUUAGAUUAAUUUAGAGAGACUGGAUAAACAAGAUUGAUUUAAAAACCACAGGCUUUAUUUAUGAAAAAUUAGGAAGGAUAUAUACUGCCAUGUAAAGUUUUUAUUAAAUUUCACUAUGAUAAAGUCUAUGGUCACGUGUUUUGUGCAGUAAUCAAUAAGACUAAGUAGCUUUAUCCGUUUAAUAAUAAAAAGAAACACAAUUUCAAUGAAAUGAUGACUAUUAUUACAGAUGAUCAUGGAGUAGUAUCAGAAAUUAGUAAAUCAGUAACUAAUUUCAUUGGAAUACCAGUAUCAAUAGUUCAGUAAAACCAGAAAUUUUCUUAAGACAACAUGAAGAUAUAUCAUAUAGUAGAUAUAGACAUUGCAAAAUUAGAUUCAGAUAUUAAUCGUGAGAUUCAAACUUCAAUUAGACCUGAAUUUUAAUGUGACUCUGAAAAUGGCCUUGUAAAUUCCCUAGUCAUCAUGAAAAGUUAAAAAUUAAACAUGGAAUAAGAUUAAUACUUAAUGAUGAAAACAAUGAUAGAUUCUCCUAAAAUAGAUAUUCGUGUUAAAAUGUGCAAGGUGAAUCAUAAUAACAUUCUUACAUUGAGAUACUUUUUUAUCGAGUUAAUAGCUAGCUAAGACUAAGCAGAUCCAAAUAAUAUUGAAAUAGAAUUGUAAUAGGACUAUAAAGAACCUCAAAUCAGGAUUGAGAAAUAAGAUACUAAAAAUGAUAUAUAGUUAUUUAUUGACGAAAGAAGCGGCAGUUCCACCAGCAGUAGUAAUUCAAGGAAACUUAUAAAUGAAUUCAUUGAAAAAGAUAUUGAUUAGAUUAUAAGGAAUGAUAGCAGGACACCAAAGAUUCUCAAACAGAUUAUUGUUUUAGUCUUACUACUCUUAUUUUCAAUCACAGUAAUUAGCGCAUCAAUUCUAGGACUUUACAUAAAAGAAUCAUCUAAUUCAAAGCAAAAUAUUUAAAAUCUUGGAAAUUCAUUCGAAAACAUGAUCAUUACUUCUUAUGUAAUGAAUCUUUUAAGAUCAACUAUUAACUUUAAUAUUGGAAUCGAAAAUAAGGCACUUUUAUCUUAGAAUAUGAUAUGGAAAUCUAAAUUUUAGGACUAGUCAUUUGCAUACAAUGAUUUUAUUAGAACAAUUAUAAUCGAAAAGUUAGGAGAAAUAUAAAUUAAGUAAAAAUAAAUUGACAAUAUAGAUCUUAGAAGAUUAAAAAGUAAUUAGGAUCUAUAUGAAAGAUAUAAGAAAUUAAGAGACGAAUUACAAUACUCCUAUAUUACUUCAAAUGGAUAGAUUGAAUACUAAAAGCAAGCAUAUAGUGUAGCAAUGAGAUUACUUUUAGGUAACAUCUAGGAUUUAAUUUCAAGAAUUGAAAUGCUUUAGAAUCAAACUCUAUCUAAAAGUUUCAUUUUUACCGACUAUUACUCUUAAUUUAACAUCAUGACUUAAAAUCAGUCCCUAGAGUAUCAAACUUUACAAUAACAAAUGUUUUUUGUGUUCAAUAACUACAUUAAAUAUAUUGAUUAGGAUAAUGAGGAAUACACGAAAAUCUAUCUAAGGGCUGGAAUAGACUAAUCGCAUGAAGAAGAAACUUAAAGAACUCUAAUUAUGAGCAUUAUCAGCAUUAUAACAAUCUUGAUAAUAAUCUUAGCUUUUAGUCCAAUUACUCUGAAAAUCAGAAAAUCUAAAUAUUAGGUGCUUUUAUUCUUUGUAGAACUUGAACCUGCUAUUAUUUAAGAAUGCUAAAGGAAAAGUUAGGUCUUUGAGGAUUAAUUUUAUACAGAAAAAGUAUCUAAGCUUAACUUUGAGCAAGAGGAAUUAGGUAAAUCUCAUAAUAUCUUGGAUAACUCAAGCAAUUAAAGUGCAAUGAUUUUUAAUGAGGAAAUUGAUGAUGCCCCACUAAAUCAUCCAUAAAUUAAAAGCAGGGACUAUUAUUAUUAAACAGUCGAUGAAGGAGGCCAAGCAUUUAAAGUUAACGAUGAAAUAACCCGUAAAAAGCAAUUGAUGAAUGAUAAAACUCUUAAGAAACUAAGAGAGGAAAAUGAAAAGAAACUAGCUAAGGCAGCAACUAAAUUUGGAAUAUCUGACUUUGAUAUGAAUGAAUCUUAAGACUAUGUUGUACCUCCAUCAAAGGAGAGUUCUGGUCCCUCUGGAGAAAUAGUAUCAUAGUACAAUUAAGAUUUUCUUGUUCCUUAAAUUAAUAGAACAGAUAUCAUUAGAAUUGGUAGAAAUAAGUCAACUAAUGCUUCUACAAAUGAUAUGAGAUUGUCUUAGUUUGGAUAAAAUAGAAAAAAAUAAAAAAAUGCCAUGAUUGAUAAUCAGAAAAGCCAAGAAUUCAGUUAUCUCAACCCAAAUUUUAAAAAUCUCUUACCAGAUAUUGAAGAGGAAUAAGACGGAAUAAAUGAUUAUUAAGGUAAAUAGCCAUUCUACUAUUAUAGUCAACAUGAUUUCAGAAAUCUCAUAAAGCAGGCAUAGAAUGCUAAGGAUAGUCCUAAAUCAUUCAGAAAGAUAGAUGAGGAAUUUUAAGAUGACUUAUCAUAAAGUGUUUAGAUGAAUAGCUUUUCUGAACAUAUUGCAGAUUUCUCCCAUAUUAAUCUCAGAUAAUAAUCUACAUAAAAUGAUAAUAACAUUAAGUAAAGUAACCAGACAAUGAUUCAAACUACAGAGGAUUUGAAUGUAAAAAUCAUUGCAGCAGAAAAUGUGCAAGGUGAAGUAAGAAUCUAGGAUAAGAUUUAGAAUAUAUCAACUCACCAAAAGUCUUCGUUAAUUUUAUCGAUGAUGCUUCUUUUUCUACUUUUCUCAAGUUAUUUCGUGGGAAUCUAUAUCUUUACUGACUUAAGUACCUCUUAAUUUCAGAAAUCUUUUGAAGAUUUAAAUGUAUUUUACCAAAGAGAUGCUUGCAUGACUAAGCUAUUUUUCUUAACAAGAGAAGAAUUUCAGCAAAAUAUAACAGCUUCAAAAGCCUAAUUUAAUUAAAAGGGUUUUAAUACACUGUCAAUGAAUAAAUUAUGGGAUUGCAUCGAUCUUGAGACAAAUUAUACCGCUAUAAGGAAGAAACCAGGAAAUUACUUAAAGGAUGUUUAGUCAAUCAUGAAUGAUUUAGACUCAAAUAGACUUUGCUUACUUAUUUCUCAAAAUACAAACUAUACAGAGGCUGAUUGUAGGAGCAUUUAAAAUAACAUACUAUCAAACGGAUUAAGUCUCUAUAAGCAAGAAAAUACGAAAUCCCUGCUAAUUUCGUAGCUAGAUUUCUUUUCGAGAUCAGGAUUUCAGAGGAAUUCUACCUAUAUCUUAUCAAAAUUAAGAAAUUCAAAUUUCAUUGAUAUGCUUUACAGUAACAUGAUGUUCUUAUAUGAAGUAAACAUGGUUAUUAAUGCUAAUGUUAGAGAUAGCAUUAAAAACUAUAUUGAUCUCAUGAAUUUAGUGCAUUUCGGAUUAUUUGCAGGACUGCAGGUCCUCUCGUUUGGACUGGCUCUUUAUUUUUUUGUGUAUGUGUUCAAAACAAUGAGGAAGGAUAUGCUGAGUUCCCAUACUAUGCUGGCAAUGCUUCCCAAAUAGCUUUUGGAAAAGUAAUAAUAGAUAAAAAUUAAAGAAUUCCUAAUUGCAUGA